GCACGACGCAAACACGAGUCCAUAAGCCACUUACCGAUUAUCAAAAUUCGCCGAUAUUCAAGCAAUCAUUCCCCUAAGGGAGCUACAAUAGGAAAAAUUAUGCAACCCAGCAGACCCAAGCGAUCUGAAAUCCAGCGAUCCUGACCCAUGCGUGCUGCAAAGUACGCUUUCGGGACUCUCGUACGCCGAAACAAAGAUAAAGAUGUCACACGCCGCCGCUUCCUUCUGUGGCUUGCCUCUGCCAUCCUGUGUGAUAAGCCCAGUAACGAAAUGCUCGAUGUGCUAGGCAGAUACGGUGUCCCUGGCAGUGAUUCGGACGCCGAUAAGCCGACUACAUACUUGCCCGGUCGGGGGCUCUAGAUCUUGCCUGGAAGUAAUCUUAACCCGGCGAGAUGUGACUGCGAUGGCAACAGAACAUGGACAAGUUGGAGAAUGGACCACCGGCCAUCUCUUCUUGUAUCUCGUAACACACCCCGUGCGCCGAUGGACCCAGCCAAAGGAAGUAGGAAGGAGAAGCGACCAAAUCUCCUGGUCUUCGGGUUGGGCAAGAGCCAGUCGAGAGAAUCCAAUAUUCAGACCUUAUCCUGCCCGCAAAUUUGGACCAAAGGACCUGUAUGGAACGAGCAUUGCAGCCUGCUGGGUGGUAGAACCUGAAGGGGUCGCACAGCCACUGGGUCAGACUUGCGGAUGGCUGCCAUGUCAGGUCCCCGUAUUCAAUACAGACCGCACCAUUCUUUCCAUGGCAGGUGUAAACGCCCUGCAAGUCGAAAAGCUGCCUCCUGAAACCACUCAACAUUUCGACCGCGACCCAGACACUAACAAGCUCCUUUGGUUUGCUUCGCCCCCCAUGAAUGUGACGCCAGCUCCGACUCCGAAAUACAGUCUGGCAUAUCUGCAUUUCCUAGCAACGAAGCGAAGAAAAAGAUCUGACACCACUCCAGCAAAAAGAAAAUAAAUACUGUCGUCUUAGAAUAGAAGAGUCCUAUGAUACGUAAAACGAUCAAGUGUCCAACGCAAUAAUGAUAAUAUGAGACCAUCUCUAGACGAAAUACACCAG